AUGGCUCAAAACAAUGCUGAGAUCACGAUCAAUGCCGUAGUCAGUGACCUUGAUCUAGCACUUAUCACGCUCGGUGUUCCACCAAACCAUCCAAUUGAUCAUGUCGAAGCGAGGAAGCGCUACCACCAGCUCAUGAGCGACAACACCAAACACCAAGUCCAACGGCAGCUCUACAGAGAGUCAUGGGCUACCAUCAAACGGCAUGUCAACUUAGGCACCGUUCAACGAAAGAUCAGCCACUAUACCGAUGUAAGAUACUUUCCACGGGUCGACAAGUUCCUCAACCUAGCUAGCGAGCUCGAGAAAGUUGAUGUCAGAGGUGAGGACGGCCCUUGCAUCAUGCAAACCAUAACAGACCUCAACCACUACGAGAAGAACCGCUGGCUGGACCUCGAAGAUGAUCUCAACGAGUACGAGCGAAUCCCUUUGGAAGACGCUAGCAAGCUGUUGGGCAGACUUCGUCGUGAGAUUGACCGCAUUGACUUGAUGUACUCGGAGCUGAAGUUCAUGGCGCUGGCUCGCUGCAAGAUUCUCCCAAGCGGCAGGGUUGUGCCCAAGUAUCCCAAUGCGGGCCUCUUGUUUCGAAGCUGGUAUGAGGCUAGGCGAGUUGAUGACAUGAGGGAUCUGGCAGAACUGAGUGGAACGAGACCGGACGGUUGA